UCAAGCUAAUGUUGUUCACGACACACCACACAUGGCCCGACAUUCAAUGGACCAGCCUGCAAAUUCCGAUUUGUCAAUACAUCUUGCUGAGAUGUCAGUCCGCCAUUCUGUCCUCGCCUAGAGUGAUAAAAAAAUAAAUAAAAUAAAAAACAUUGAUUGAUGUCCAAAUUCUGCGGCUGUCGAGAUGAAGAUUACGGACAGCGUGUUGCGAAGUUUUAGGGUUGCUAGGACAUUCCGGGAGAAUUCGCAGAAAGUCAAUUGUGUGGACUACAGCUCGAACGGCGAGAGUGCAAUAUCUAGUAGCGACGACGACUCCAUUGUUUUAUAUGACUGUCAGGAGGGAAAACCAAUACGGACCCUGUACAGUAAGAAGUACGGAGUAGACCUUAUCCGGUAUACACACGGGGAUGCCAACACAGUCGUCUACAGCUCCAACAAACUAGAUGAUACCAUCCGAUACCUGUCUCUCACUGACAACAAGUACAUCCGCUACUUCCCUGGGCACACUGAUAGGGUUGUUGCUCUCUCCAUGUCACCGGUGGAUGACACGUUUAUCUCCGGUUCCUUGGAUAUGACCAUACGACUCUGGGAUCUGCGCUCUCCAAACUGUCAGGGUCUUACUAAUCCUUUGGGGAAGCCUGUUUGCUCCUAUGAUCCCGAGGGCCUGAUAUUUGCUGCUGGGGUCGACUCUGAGGCGAUUAAACUGUACGACCUCCGCUCCUUUGACAAGGGCCCAUUCGCCUCCUUUGAGACUCUGUUUAGCCGUGUCUGUGAGUGGACUGGACUGAAGUUCAGCAGGGACGGGAAGCAGAUUCUCAUCUCUACCAACGGGGGUGCUAUUCGGAUCCUAGAUGCCUUCAAUGGAUCUGUGCUGCACACUUUCUCAGGCUACAACAACAGUAAAGGCAUUUCAUUGGAGGCCUGCUUCACCCCAGACUCAGACUUUGUCAUGAUUGGUUCAGAGGAUGGGAGGGUCCAUGUGUGGAGUACAGAGAGUGGGAUGAAAAUAGCUGUUCUGGACGGGAAGCAUUCAGGACCAAUCAACACACUGCAGUUUAACCCUAAAUACAUGACGUUUGCCAGCGCCUGCUCCAAUAUGGCGUUCUGGCUUCCCUGUGUAGGAGACUGAUAAAGGUGUGGGACCACAGAGACAAACUGUCAUCAUCAUUACCAGGAUGCCUUUCUCCUUUCAUGUUGCUCUGAGUAUACAGAGACCGAACACUAUGGACUCUAACGGCACCAUAUGAAAUUGUAGGCACAUUAAGGCAUUGGUGAAAGGGAUUCCACUGACGAUUAACCACGAGGAGAACUGUCACUCUGUAAACUGAUUUAUUUGCCAAAUGGGGAAGGCUACAUGAGGGAAUCACUAGAGCUGUGGGAGACAGUAGUUAUUGUCCACUGUGACAGGUGCUUGUUGAAAAGUUUUUAUAUGAGUAGAGAAUACCCGUGGUGUACUACUGACUAACACUUGCUUUUAUAUAUCUCGUUUUUUUCAACUGUGAUUCUGAGCAAGGUGCCACAAUGUAUUAAUUAGCAGACAAUUAUGACCUUUUAACUUUUUAAUACAGUGACAACUCCAAUCAAGUAUGCAUUUUAACUGCGGAGACAUGUUUUAUUGGGAAUUCAAUAUUUGUUUAUUUUGUACUGUUUAUUCAGAAAGUAUUAAAGUGUUUUACGUCUAAUGUA